AACAAAAUAACAUGGAUGAAGUGAAAUAUAGAGGUGUUCGAAAGAGGCCAUGGGGGAAAUAUGCAGCCGAAAUUCGCGAUACUAAUAGACAAGGAGGGGUUCGUGUUUGGCUAGGGACAUUUGGCUCUGCUGAAGAAGCUGCUCGAGCUUAUGACAAGGCGGCUUAUAACAUGAGAGGGCAUUUGGCGAUUCUUAAUUUUCCUGAGGAGUAUAACUUACCUAGGAGCUCUUCUCACUUUUACGACAAUUCUCAAUCAAUGGCAUCGUCGUCUUCAAGUAAUGUUCAUGCAAGAAAUGAUACCGGACAAGUUCUUGAACUUGAAUAUCUUGAUGAUAAUGUGCUUGAAGAACUUCUUAAUUGCGAUCAACAUGCAAAUAAGAGAAAAUGAAGAUCGUUAUUAACUUCCUUUAUAUCAUUAUAAAGCUAAGUAUAUCGCCUAAUAUAUACUAAUAAACCUUAGAAUGGGGUUUUUAUUUCAAUAAAUACCGCCUUUUUGCAUGAAGAGGUGGACAUAAAAUCUUACCUCUUCAUACCUAUAUAUAUAGUAGAGUUGGAUGGGCCAACUCUUAACAAUGGUGGUGCAUUUUAUGAAUAUAUAUGCAAUUAAUUAAUGUGUGCUAAUUACCUAUUAAAUUUUGGUCAAUAUUAAUGCUAAUGAUUAGCUAUUGAGAGUAUGUUCAUACCAAUUGUAUGAGAUUUGUAACAUCAUUUGCUAUGGGAAGACAAUGUG